AUCCCAUCAGUCAAAGUUUUUUAGUCCACCAUAAAAGGUCGCCGGAAAUCCGCUUAGCAAAUUCAAAUUCAAGUAUACAGAUUUACAUUUAUUUAGCCACCAUGUUUAUCCGAGGAGAUGUACCGCGCAAUUCCCGGGGCAAGAUCCCCCAGAUCCCCAGCUCGAUGACCUCUUAUGUGGCUGCGGUGAAACGUGGUCCCUACACGAUGACCAAUCCGGUGUACAACAGCCACAAUCCCAACCUGGUGGGUUUGGAUGGCCAGGUGGAGGAGCCGCGGCCCAAGCACACCUUCAAUGUGCAGAAACAGGCGCUGGAGAACAACUUCCACCAUCACCAGCGAUUAAUUCCAGUGCCCACAUCCCGGAGGUCGAUGCCCCACACCCGAUCCCACAUGGUGAUGAACGAGCAACGGGAGCUGUACCGCCAGCAUCGCGUUCGCAUGUCCAAUAUUAAGGGAAAGGUCAACACCUACCUGCCGCCACCCAAAGUCCAGAUCGAGGGCAAUGGCAUGGAGCUGUCCUACAUGGAGAUGCUGACGGCUCUCUACAAGAAGAGCAACAACACGCUGCGCACCUUCACCAAAUCCCCGGAACGACUGGCUGCCGGAAGGUGGCGCAAUGCCAACUUGGCCAGGGAAAAGGAGCGACGGCAGCUGGAGAAGAACAAGGUGUUCCACAAGGGCGGUGGACUCUUCGAUCCGGAGGCGGGCAAAUCGAAGCGCUACAAGCCAAAGUCAUCGGGAUCCUUUAGCUGCGAGAUCCCGCUCCAUGUGAUCAAUCGCUACGAGCGGCUGAUGGACGACCAGUGCGAUGUGGGCAUCCUGUGCAAGCUGCUCCGGCCGCAGAUCUUCCUGGACAUCGAGGUGCGGGAGACACGCAUCCAGGGUCGGUUGGAAAUCCAGCUCUUCACCGAGGCCUGUCCGCAGGUGGUCCUAGAGUUCAUGAGGGUCUGCACCCAGAACCGGAACCGGGCCAUCGUCUUCACGAGAGCAUUGGCCCCCAUUUGGAUGGAGGGUCGGCUGGCCAUGGAUCCGCAUCGGAGCACCGAGCUGACCAACAUCGAGCACGACUUCGAGGUGCUCAACCAUGGCGUGGAUGCCGGCAUCCUCUCGUUUCCCAGUCGAUAUGUCCGGGGAAAUGCCCGCACCGCCGUGAACUUCACCAUCAGCUUCAAACCGCUGUCCAUUUUGAACGGCAGGAGGAUCGCCUUCGGGAAGGUGCGCAAGGGCAUGCAGCUCCUGGAGAGGAUUCAGGAGGCCAUCGGACACCUGCCCAUGAGCCACAACAUGAUCUCGCUGACGGACUGUGGCGUGCUCUAAACAAGUCUAAAAUUUCUUGUAGAUCCUAACUACAAUUCAUUUGACAAGGGAAAGCGGAAAUUUAAAAUAUUAAAUUAAAUAAAAAAGAAGAAGCUGCUGUUUAAAA